GUAAAAGCCCAACAUCAAUCUUGAUACGUUGACUUCGAUUUGACUCCUCGUAAGUUUUCUCCGAUGUAAUCUCACCGUCUUCUUCAGCUCACUCAAUUUUCCGGGAAAAUCCGAUUUCCGUUGUGAAUUAUUCGUCAGGCAACGAAAACCCAUGAUUGAUCCGCGAAUGUGAUUCGGAUCCGAUUGGUUCCUUUUGUGGGAAAUUAGAGGGAAAAAAUGGGGAAAUUAGCCGUUGCAGCGAUCACGAGCUUGUGGGUGAUUCCGAUGUCGAUUAUCGUCAAUCACAUUGUUCCUGAACCCUACAUGGACGAGAUAUUUCAUGUGCCUCAAGCUCAGCAAUACUGCAAUGGGAAUUUUAGGAGCUGGGAUCCAAUGAUCACUACCCCACCUGGAUUGUACUAUCUUUCACUAGCACAUGUUGCUAGUUUGUUUCCAGGAAUGUUGUUGAUGGAAAAUACAUCUCAGUCCUUUUCAGAAGCUUGUUCGACAUCUGUCCUGCGGUCUACAAAUGCUGUUUCUGCAGUAUUGUGUGGUGUUUUAGUGUAUGAGAUAAUAAGAUUCUUGGGGCCGAAUCUUAGUGAUAGAAAAGCGACUUUUAUGGCGUUAGUCAUGUCGCUUUACCCUCUCCAUUGGUUCUUCACUUUCCUAUACUAUACAGAUGUUGCGUCCCUAACCGCAGUUCUUGCCAUGUACCUUACUUGUUUGAAAAGACGAUAUGUGCUCAGUGCAUUGUUUGGCACUUUAGCAGUUUUUAUCCGACAAACAAAUGUAGUCUGGAUGCUUUUCGUUGCUUGCUCAGGUAUUCUAGACUUCACCCUUGACUCGUCUAAGCAAAAAGGAAAACAAGAAGUAAAUCAAGAACUGCAUCAGUCUAGUAAUAAGAAAGGAGCAACUUUGAGAUCAAAUCUUAGAAAAAGAAAAUCUGAUAUCAGCUCAGACACUUCAGACCCUUUUAACCACGGUCAAACUGUUCCUUCAACAGAGGAUACUUCAGACUUAGUGUAUGAUAUUUAUACUGUAAUCUCAACAUCUUGGAAUCUGAAGUGGAGGAUUUUGAUCAAGUUUAGCCCUUUUAUCUUUGUUGUGGUGGCGUUUGGUAUUUUUAUCCUCUGGAACGGGGGUAUAGUCCUCGGUGCAAAAGAGGCUCAUGUAGUUUCACUGCAUUUUGCGCAGAUAAUGUAUUUUAGUCUCGUUUCUGCUCUUUUCACUGCUCCCCUACACUUCUCAGUAAAUCAACUGAGACAUCAGUUCCAUCAGCUCCAUAGAAAUUGGUCAUUAAGCCUUAUACUAACUCUUGUGGCUCUAGUAGCCGGAUUUGUCUCUGUACACUUUUUCAGCUUGGCUCAUCCAUAUCUUCUUGCUGAUAAUCGCCAUUAUCCUUUCUACCUAUGGAGAAAAAUUAUCAAUGCGCAUUGGUUAAUGAAGUACAUAUUAGUCCCGGUAUACGUCUAUUCCUGGUUCUCAAUCCUAACUUUAUUAGCGAAAACUCGAAGGCAGACCUGGAUAUUGGUCUAUUUCUUAGCUACAUGCGGUGUUCUUGUUCCUACUCCAUUGAUCGAGUUCAGAUAUUACACCAUUCCGUUUUACCUCUUCAUGCUUCACUCCUGUGUCAGAAGCAGCAGCUUCGCCACUUGGCUUCUCAUCGGAACGAUUUUUGUCUCUAUCAAUGUGUUUACAAUGGCAAUGUUCUUGUUUAGACCGUUUAAGUGGAGCCAUGAAGAUGGUGUCCAGAGGUUUAUAUGGUAGGGACAAGGUUUAUUAUACUCUUUUUGAUGCUAUUGUUUGGUUCCUCAGAAACUGUUAAGAGUUCAUGAUGUUUUCUGUUGUUAUAAAAACAUACGUUUUAAGGUUUCUUUUUGUCAACUCGAGUACAAUAGUUAGGCAGGAUUCGGGAUUUGCCAUGUGGCUAUAAGUGUCUCUGUUAUUAAUACUAUAACCACAUGGCAAAAACAACAUACGUAAUAGUCACAUUAAUCUGGAAAGUGGUUGGUUUAUGUGAGAAUUUAGGCGAGUCAAUGUAGCAGAGAAUUUCCACAGUCAUGGGAACGAGUCUUUGAGAUCUGUUAGAAGUAGAUUACAG